UUUUCCUGAUAUACGGGAGCGAUCUCCCCGCAAACUAAGUCAGAGCGUAUGUGGCACUGUUGAGCUCAGAAACAGGGAGGAGACUAUAGACAUCUACAGUCAACUGAACUCAACUCAUGUCAGCGCGAAAUGCUGUCAACAGGUAUCUCGUGGAUCCUCCUGCUGAUUCCCUUGAGCACAGCCAAUAGAGGUUUCACAAAGUGUAAGGGUGAUCACACUACACUGUCCUGUCUGGACCCAAAGAAUCAUAUCGAGGGCAAAGUGGAGAUAAAUGCACUUUGGAAAAAAGAUUCUGGUGAAAGAGUGAUCUGGAACUACAACGGAGACCGCAAAAAAGGAGACACUUUCAUGAACAGGACAGUAGAGUUGAAUGAAGAUUUAUCCCUUUACAUUGAUGGAUGUGAUCAGUCAGAUCAAGGCAUAUAUAUUCUCUGUAUUGAUGGGAAACCGAGCUGUGAAGUUACGCUAUUUGUCAGAGACUCAAAACAAUGCAAACCAAAAACAUCCUCAGAACAAUCAAUUAGAAGCACUGCAUCUUCUAUGGCAAAACAAGCUACCAGAGAUGAAAAACACCUGCAAACUGAAACCAGUCUGCCUAAUACUUACAUCAGAUGGGUUAUUUAUGCCUGUUUGUGUUUGGCUGUGCUUGUGGUCUUAUUGCUGUUUAUCCGUGUUAUCCAUACAUGCAUCCCAAAAGAGGAAACUAGUAAAAAUGACAAGUCAGGAUCUAAACUGCUCCAUAUAUAUAUAUAGAGUAACUAUGCCGGUGCAUGAUUUUAAAUUUAAUGUGGACACAACAGCAUAUCGUAAGGAUGAACAUCAGAAACGAAACGUUAGACUUUUUUUCAGAUUUAUGUCAGGACGUCACAUUUUCAUAAUUCUUCUGACGUCAGCAAAGAAAAGUUAUGCCCCAAUAUGCCUGAGCUACAUUUGCCCACCCUUUUUUUUGAUAUGGUGCAAAUUUUCUUUCCCUUACAGUUUACGUUUGUAUUGUCUUUGCUUGGGGCCCCCAAGGACCAAUGAUGAAAGCAAAGGCAAUACAACUUCAAACAGUAAGGGAAAGAAAGUUUGCACAAUACCAAACAAAAGGGUGGGCAAAUGUAGUUCAGAAAUGUUGCCAAUAUGCAUCCGCUCUUAUAGAGUAGUUGUUAAAAAAAUUGAAACACUAAAUAUCUGCAUAUGUUUAACUUCACGAAUAAUAUCGUUUCUAACUUUCAAAGAAUUAUUAGACACUGUUCUAGCUCUAAAUAGCAAAGAUCAUCUGGAAUUAAUCUGGGUGGAGGCAUAUCUUUUUCCAUUUACUGGAAACUUAUGGAAUCAAGCUGUUUCAUUACAUAUUUAUAUUGUGAAAAUUGUAGAUAAUAAUGAGUGGCUGCUAUACAGCUUUUUU